UUUCGAGUGUCUUGCUUGAGUUGAAUGAAAUGAAUUGAAUGUGACAUGGCGUCGACCAAGAUAUAUCACGGAUAAUUCUUGUUUUAAUGACAGUGGCCUCUUUUAGUAUUUUAUUACUGAGGCCGUAAUAAAUCGUAUAUUUGCAUUGAUGGUAAUGCAUGCAAGGAAACCGCAGCGAAUAAGCGAUGGGUACUUUGAGAAGCACCAGGCCCAUCCGUAUCAGAAAUACAAUACCAAAAGUGAUAGAAGGGCAAACGAGUAUGUACCUUCUGACAACCGAUAUACACCACUCCGAUCCCCAAAUGGCAAUGUCUCAGUACAUGGACAUGGACACGGGGCCCACACAGGCCAUGCGGGGCACGGACACCACCACUACACUCAUGUGGUUGAUGAAAGAGGAUAUGCAACAUCUAGAAAUACCUAUAUACAGAAAGGUUCUGAAAAGGAGAGAGACAGAGACUAUAAAUCGUCUAGAAAUAAGUACACAGAUAGUGUCAGAUCCCCAAAGGAGAAACGUGAAAGAAUCAAAGAAAGCGAACGAGAGAGAAGCAAUCAUGAACGAAGUGAAUCAGAGAAAAAGAAUAGGACUAGUGGCAUAAACAUAAGUGUUAAUAGAAGUAGUAAAUAUGUUAAAAGAAGUGCUCCCUCAGGGAGUGUGCCUUCUGGCAGUGAAUGGUCAGAGCAUAUUAGUUCUUCAGGCAAGAAGUAUUAUUAUAACUGUAUCAGUGAAGUGUCACAGUGGGAGAAGCCCCGGGAGUGGGACACAAGAAGGACAUCAUCCAAAGAUUCUACAUAUUCAUCCAGAAGCAAUAGAGAAAAACGAUCCAGUUCCCGAUCAGGCAGAAGAGAACUCGAGAAACCAAGUAAAAGAAACAAUAGCGGGUCUGAAAGGUACUGGAAUAACGGCGGCAGGGAGGACGACCCACACGACCGACCUCGACCAAAACUUUCGAUGGCGCCUCACGAAGGAAAAGAUGGGCAGUCUUUACAAGAUAUGGACAUAUCUCCGGACCGGAGUACGCCGCUCUCCGAGAACUCAUACGGCGGACGGGACGUGAACUCGGUGGUGCGGAACAACGCGGACAGCAACGCGGUGCCGCCCGUCGUCGUGCUCGACAAUUCUAACCAACCGAGCGGCUCGUUGCUGGCGGCGGCCCUGCCUCGAAUCGUGGCGGCGCCGACGGUGUCAAUGCCGCCGGCGGCCACGGCGGUGGCGCCCGCGCCGACACUGGCCAACAACGGCGGCGCCACGCCCGAGGGCAGCGGCGGCGCCUCGCCGCACCGCGACGCCGGCCCGCCCACGCCCACGCACUCGGAGAACAUCGACCCGCACGCGCCGCCGCUGCAUCUCGACACGGCGCUGCCCCGGAAAAUGGAGUGCCUGGGCAGCUACUCGUCAGUGGUGGGCGGCGCGCUGCACCACCCGCAGGCGCCCGCGCUUACGCCGUCGCUCGUCAACUACGUGCGCGCCGACCUCACGGCGCACGUCUCCGGCUGGCCCGCCGACAUUCUCGAGAAACAGGCAAAUAAAUACACUGAAGAAGCGUAUCAACUGGGGUGUCUACAGUGCACGCGCGUGUCCGCAGAGCUGAAGUGCUCGCGCUCGCUCGUACGCCACACCGAGAUACAAGCCACCUUACAAGAGCAGAAGAUCAUGUACCUGCGGCAACAGAUCUCGCGGCUGGAGGAACUGAAGUCGCAGAACUCGUUCAUGUCGUCGUCGGAGGACUAGGGGCGUGCGCGGGGCGGGGCGCCGCGCUCCACACUGCGCUCCACACCGCGCCCGUCACCGCGCCCGUCACCGCGCCCGCGCCCGCGCCCGCGCCCCGCCCCCGGCUAGCGCCCGACGCGCUCACGUGACGUGAGGACCUUUUCAUUUACCUAUCAAUGCUAAACAUUGUUCAUUCCGUUCUCUUUCUAUGUAAAUUAGAUCGAAUGAUUACUGUUAAAUGUGUUGUGUGAUUUGGUGUUAAAUUCUAAGCAAUUGUUUUCGUGAAAAAUCGACACGAUUGGUCAAAUUGGGUUUAAACUAUUAUUUACAAUUCUAUGACAUGUACAGUCAAGGGCAUAAAUAUAUACAGGCUGACCUUAGCCAUUGGACAAACCCUGAAAUCCAACGUAGGGUUACUUCUUAGGAAUGCUCUAACGUGAAUAUUUUUUUUAAUUAGAGAAAAAGAUAAAAAAAUAAACUUUCAAACAAAAAUUAAUUCCAAUGAUCGACAACAAAAAGAAACAUAAUGUAUUAAUCAUUGGCAGCGUUUUUGACAACUUGUUCGAAAAUGUGAGGCAAUGAUGACAUUUGUCAAAAGUCAGAAUCUUAUUUAAAUGUCAUAAAUAAAAAAUAUAAUCAAUAAGGUCGAAGAAGGUUUCAUACUAUUUAUUACCUCAGGAGCUAUUAACACAUACAGGCUGCUCCAAAGUAAAAAACCGUAAUUUGUUAAUUUCUUCGUAACCGCUACACCGGUUGUUAUGAUACUUGGUAUACUGAUUCUUAAUACCCUAAUGCAUAUGUACAUUUCGGCUUUGUCCAAUGGCUAAGGACAGCCUGUAUACAUUCCCAAAGUUUCAAAAAUACGUGUACGCUCUUACACCUUAGACAAUAAAGUCGUGUUCUCAUAAUUUUGGCCAUUUAUCUGGAUCUAUAUUUUUGCCUUCGACUGUACAUGAUUAUUAUUAAUGAAUGAUAUGAAUGGUAGGUAAGUCUAUAUAUAGCACGUUGAAGUGAGUGAGGGAGCUCCUGCGCCGCGCUCCUUUCACUAAUUAGACUGACUCUUCACUUCACACUUAUUUUUAUUCAUUAUAUUUUUAAUUGCAUUGAGAAUCGCCCGGCGGCUUCUUUCUAUGUAUAUCCUAACUUAAUUUGGUUCUCACUUUUAUAGUAAUAUACAGGGUGGCUAAAAAAUAAGUGUAUUCCCGUUGUCAGGGAGGUUUUGGGAUUUUACUGAGCAACUUUUACUAUGUGGCAAACGACGAAAUCACGAAUAAAAUUUUUAUCCUCCCAUAGAAAAUGGACUAGCCAAAAUGUAUGAAAUACCCAAAAAAUUUUUCACGAUUUAGGGGUUGGUCCCAUAAUAAAAGUUGCUUAGUAUAAUCCCAAAACCUCCCUGGCAACGGGAAUGCUCUUAUUCCUUAGCCACCGUGUAUAUGUGUCAUUUUUCUGCAAUGGUCAUUUUUCUGUACGAUCAAGGAAUUUUAUUUCAGUACCAUUUCGUACCUUGUCACAGUGACAAUUGUAUAAGGUUCCUAGCAACUUUCAUAUUGACUGUCACUGUAACAAGAUACGAAAUUGUACGAAAAUUAAAUUCUUUACUUGUACAUAUGUUAUUACUAUUACUAGACACGGUAUUGAAACAAGUCAAUCUUGCUUCAUUUGCCGUUUAGGGUAUUUGUUUAAUAAUGUUUAGUAAUGUACAUGUUCGUAAACAUCAUUGUUGUAUAAGGAGAAUCAAACUAUGUUAGUAUUCAGUCUCAUUUAGUCCAGUUUCCUCUCGGCUCUUAAUGUAUGUUUCUAUGAGUUGGCAUUUUUAUAUUUAGAUUUUUAAUACACAUAGAUAAUUCUUUGCAUGAUAACAUUUUCAGUUGGGUCAUUUUUAUAAUAUUUUAUUAUUAAACGAUAAUUUCGGUCAUAUGUAAGGAUACAGUGAUUUUAUAAAGUGUUUAUUGUAAAAUAAUAAAUUAUUGAAAUAAUUGUUUCA